AUGAAUAUUUUUUUGUGGGUUCUACUACCGACAUGCAUAUUGUCACAGUGUAUAACAGAAAAUGACAAACUUAUUUUUGAUCCAAAUGCAAAAUUAUCUUUUUACAAGGGUCAGCAAAAGUUUAGCGUGAAGUUGCUUAAAACGUUUAACGACAAACAUAAAGAAGAAAACAUUUUCUUUUCCCCAUACAGCAUAUAUCAAAGUUUAAUAUUGGCAUACAUAACUGCUGGAAAUAAAACAGAAGAAGUUCUUAAAGAAGCAUUAUAUUUGCCUGAAAAACAGAAUAAACUUUCAGUUAUUCAAACUUAUGAUUUAGAAAAAUACUUUGAAACGACAAGACAGUUAAAUGGAUCCUUAGAUUAUGAAUUAAACAGUUUUAACAAAAUUUUUUUGUCUAAUGAAAUAGAAGCAAGGGAAUGUAUUUCAAAUAUAUUAAAAGAUGAUUUGGAGUCGAUAAACUUUAAAAAUGAUCCUAAUGCAGCUAGAUUUUAUAUAAAUGACUUGGUUAAAAAUGUCACUAAAAAUCACAUAUCAGAACUUUUACCAACUGAUGGAGUUCACGAAGAAACUAAAAUAAUUUUGGCAAACGCAGCUUAUUUUAAAGGCUUAUGGAAAUCUAAAUUUUUUGAAGGAAACACAAAGAAAAAUUCAUUGUUUUAUGUAUCCCCAGAAGAUAUUAAAAUAGUGGAUCUUAUGACUCAGAAAGGAAAUUUUAAUCAUAUGACAUCUGAAAAACUAAAAUCACAUAUUUUGGAACUACCAUAUAAAGGAGAUAGUGUGAGCAUGAUAAUUAUUUUACCUCGUUUUGAAAGUAACGCAAUUGAUAAAUUGAUUGAUAUACUCGCCGAAGAAUCUAUUGAAAGUUUAAUCGAUUUUGACGCUCUUUAUCCAAGGCAAGUUGAAGUAGAAAUACCUAAAUUUUCUGUUGAAAAUUCAAUAGAUUUGAGGCCUGUAUUUACCGUAUUGGGUCUCUCUGAAAUUUUUUCACCGGAAGCUGAUUUUUCCACACUAUCUGAAAAAACAAAAUCGGUACAUUUUACCGAUGCCAUUCACAAAGCUAAAAUAGAAGUGGACGAAGAAGGAACCGUUGCUGCUGCCGCCACGGCAAUUUUUACAUUUAGAUCAUCCCGUCCAUUGGAUCCAACGCGUUUUAUCGCGAAUCAUCCUUUCGUAUAUUUUAUUUACGAUAAAAUAUCUCAAAAUAUAUUAUUUAUGGGAGUUUAUAAAGUUCCGGAAAAAAAAUAUCGAAACGGUAAAAAAAUUAAAUUGUAA